CACUUGAUAAGAAAUGUAGACGAGAAAGACACGGUUGAUUCGUUUCAUUGUCGACCAUUAUUGUCCAAAUAAUUUAUUAUAGAAUAAUUUGAUUAAUACGAAAUCGUAGGUUGAAAUGUUGAAUGGAAUUAUAAAAACACAAACCAAACCCACCCUAUAAACUUAACUCCUGUCUGUCUGACUGAUUGCCAUUGGAUCUGGAUCCAUCAAUCAUCGGCAUUAAGUAAUUAAUUAUUAAGUAAAAUUAGAUGGGAGAAGAAGUAACAACGGAUCAAAUGGAUCAAGCAUCAAAUUCGGAGAAGAUGGAAAAAGAAGCGAGUAGAAGGAGAUUGAGCAGGAAAAAGUCAUCGGUAUCAGCUUCACGUUCAUUCAAGCUAAGAAGCGAGAGCUUGAAUUCAUUGAGGCUAAGGCGUGUGUUUGAUCUGUUUGACAAGAACAAAGACGGCCUCAUCACUGUCGAUGAAAUCAAACAGGCACUUGUACUGCUUGGCCUUGACGAAGACAAGGAAGAUGAUCAUAAUAAUGAUGACAUAGAGCUCCACUCCAUUGUCACCUCCUUCAUCAAGCCUGGCUACCACGGCCUCGCUUUCGACGAUUUCGAGUCCCUUCACAACUCCCUGCACACCACCUUCUUCUUUGACUGCCAUGAUCAUAAUGAUCACUUUCAAGAUGUAACCCAUCACCAACAAGAUCAGGUGGAAUCUGAUCUCAACGAAGCUUUUAAGGUGUUCGACUCCGAUGGCGACGGAUACAUCUCCGCCACUGAGCUUCAGCAAGUGCUUUCCAAAUUGGGUUUCCCAGAGGCACAACAAGAGCUCCACCACAUCCAGCACAUGAUCUCCUCCUUUGAUGACAACCACGAUGGCCGUGUUGAUUUCUUCGAAUUCAAGCAUAUGAUGUCCCGUACCCUUCUUCUUCCUUCUGCUUAAUUAAUAAAUUAGGCUUCUUUUCUUUUCUAUUUUACCAAUAUGUCGUCCACAAUUAUUUUACUUUUGCAUUUGUUCUGCCUUGUUCAUUUACUGGAUCACAUAUAUCUAUUCUAAUAAUUUUAUCUAUCAUCUACGUUUAUACUCUACAACUUUCCUGUAUUCAAAUUCCUCACAGGCUAACUACAUCUUCCUGUAAUCGAAUUCUUUACAACCUUAUUUAUCAUUAGAUUGCAUCAUCAUCACAAUGAUUCAACUCAUUCUACACUAAA